AUGGCACAAGUCAGCCCCGUGGGACAUAAUCAUAUUGGGGCUACUGCUGAGGAGGUAGGGGGACAACAGAAAGGCGUGGUAAACGGAACAGCUAGUCUGACGGACUUGGAUCACAACUCCCAGUACUACAAACCACAAGUUACAACUAUGCCUUCGGCUUUCGGUAUCAUAGAUUCCGAGGACCGACGCGAUGUGGUCAGCAGCCAGGGUUUGGGCCAACUGGUCACUUCAAGUGCAGGGUCAUUUCCUCCUGCCCCAAGACUUUCCCAUACACCUACAUCAGAUUUCCAGCCUCCGUACUUUCCCCCUCCCUACAAUCUACCAUCCCAGCAAAGUAUGGAAUUCCAUCACCCUCAUUUUAAUACGGACUCUUACUCCCAUCUUGGAAGUUUCCAUCAAGGAACGGUCACACAACAGCAUUACCACCAGCUUCAUACUCCUGACUCCCGGAACGUUCUCCGCCCCCGGGAGGAUGGGCUACACAACAUGCACCACGGACUCCCUGCCCCUCAUGACCCACGGAGGACGGAAUACGGUGGGAUGAGGCGACCGGACAUUCUAGUCCCCGGUGGACACCAUCUUGGUUUUGAUCAGGACCCAACCAUAUUAAAUAUACACACAGGAAACGGGUUACAAGUUUUAGAUGAAGGCGUUCACCAGGCUGGCUUGGAAGAUACGACUAGUUUCAUCUCAGGGGAGCAUAACCACAGCGUGAUCCGUAAAGGUAUCCGACAGAAGAAUGAAAACAACAAAGACCUUGUGAUCUCCGGUGUUUCAUCGCCUAGCGAUGUCUUCUGUUCUGUUCCGGGUCGUCUUUCUCUUCUUAGUUCCACAUCAAAGUACAAGGUCACAGUAGCGGAAGUACAAAGGCGGUUGUCUCCACCUGAAUGUCUCAAUGCAUCACUCUUGGGAGGUGUUCUACGCAGAGCCAAGUCUAAAAAUGGUGGACGGUCACUCCGCGACAAAUUGGACAAGAUUGGGUUGAGUUUACCCGCUGGACGCAGGAAGGCAGCCAAUGUCACCCUGUUGACGUCGCUUGUCGAAGGUGAAUCCGUGAGGUUAGCUCGUGACUAUGGCUACCUGUGCGAGACGGAAUUCCCAUCAAGACAAUGCGCGGAGUACAACUGUCGUACAUACACAGAUCCCGCAGACCAAAUGACCAGGAAAAAUAUGAUUUUAGCCACAAAACAAAUUCUCAAAGAGUUCAUGGACCUACUAAAUCAGGACAGGUCUCCAUUAGGAAACACCCGCCCACAGAUGAUCCUAGAACCCGGUAUCCAGCGUCACCUUACCCACUUCAGUCUCAUCACUCACGGAUUCGGAUCCCCAGCUGUCGUUGCCUCGCUGACUGCAGUUCAAAAUUAUCUGAACGAGAUGCUGAAAAUUUUAGACAAAAAUUACUCUACAUCUCAAAAUGCUCAGGUGCCCAGUGGACAAUUAGAUAAUGGAAAGACAAAACAGGAAAAGGAUGAAAACAGAAGAGAGUAG